AUGAAUGGAAGUUCGAUAUCUCAUGGGCUAGAAAUAAGCGAAGAUGAGGAAGAAAAAGAAGAGCCUGAGAUACCGUUAAAGGCGAAUAAUGCCGAAGUAGGGGAAUGGGAUGGAGGGGACAUAAAUGGUUUAUUAACAUACAAUAAACUAUGUAAGGCUAUUGAUUUUUUGAACCAGUGGCAUUCACAAGCAGUCAUCGACUUUCUUCGUCAAUUUGUGGAUAUCGCCUAUCUGUUUGACCAUCGCUGUAAACAGCUCGUGUUUAAAUUUGUUCAACUUGAUUGGCAGUUUAUUCCGAGUGAAAUUCGACCUCAGUUCGUGAAGCUGCUUCGAGAUAUUGGUAUACAAUACAUUUGUCAUACUGAAUCGGUUAUGAAAUGUUUCGUGGGACACUUGUUUGCUAAAAUCCAACCUCUUUCUAUUGCUGAUCAAAAUCAAGAAGGAAAUAACACUGCUUUUGCGCUAUGUCUCACAGAAGAAGAACAGGAUAAUAUAUACAAAUUGGCAAGUGAUGGAUUGGCAUUUAUAGUAAAGUGUUUUCCUUUGGCAAUAAAAAUUCUCGUUAAAAGUAUUCGUCAACGCUUUCCACAUCAUUCAGUACCAUCAAUUCGAUAUGUUAGUUAUGUGAAAAAUCUUAUAGUAAUAUGUCAGAAUAUCCCGCAAUGUCGAGAGGAUAUUUUCUGCAUCAUUAUUGACGGUCUUGCUCAACUCGAUGGAGUAUUAAUGAAAGCAGAGAAUUCAAAGAAGAAGGAGGAUAGUUUUGACGACGGUUUGAAUAUAUUUUUACUGGACGAAGAAUACGACAUAAAAAUUAGUGAAGUGCGAGAUAAUAAUGAUAAGGUGGAAAAGCUGGAUGCUUGUAUGUGUAUUAUGUUCCAUUAUAUAGGAAGACUUUGCAGUGUAGGGAAUCCGACAGAAAUAGAUUGUGGUUAUUUUCCACCAGUAUCCAAACAAAAAAAAGUAUUGAAGGAGUUAUUAGUUGUAUUCGAGGAGCAUCUUUUAAUGGCUCAUGGCUUAAAAAACGUACCUUUCCUUUGGUUUUAUGUUUGCAGUCUUGAUGCGAGUUAUCAAAAACAUUUUCUGAGCUGGCUGUGGAGUUUCAUUACUCGAUUGAACCAGGCUCCUAAUGAUUGGAAGAAAGCGCAGGGCGCUGCUUGUUAUAUUGGUAGCAUGCUUUCUCGUGCUUCAUAUAUUAAUCUCGGUACAGCGAUGCAGUGGUUGGAAGUAUUGUCACAUUGGUGUACUGUUUAUGUGAAUGAAAUGGUUGAUCGAACGACUGGUGCAACAGCCGGUUCGAUUCGACAUGGAACGUUCUAUGCUGUAUUCCAAGCCUUUCUUGUUGCAUUUUGUUUUCGAUAUCGCGAAAUAGUACAAGCACAAGAAAUGGCCAAGAUACAUCACUGGGGGCUGGGACAUAUUGUUCACAGUACACUGGAACCGUUGUCAUGUAUUAGCCAUCCGGUCGCUUUAUGUUUCGCAACAAUAAGCAGGUCCAUGCAGCUUGUGUAUGUGAAUCAUAUUUUGCCGGCAAAACCAGCAGAGAUGAUGCCUUUCGAACCUCAUUUUCCAUUUGAUUCUUACAGUUUGGAGAGAUCGCUGUCUUUUAUUGCACCGCUUAUGCGAAAGUUUUCACCUCUUGCUGAAGAUGCGAGUACUCUGAAAAAUGAAUUAUUGUGGAGAAAUGUAAUGAAAGAUAUGGAUUGCUAUACUCAUGAAGAAGACAAUGGUUCGUGGGAAUUUCUUGAUGAUAUUAGGCGAGACCAAAAUGAAUUCCAGCAAGUCGAAGAAAAGAAUUCUCUCAAAGUUGCCAAUGAAUUUUUAACUGUUUAUUCAUCUUCACCUGGGCUCAAACAGUUCAAAACUUCAUCUUUUUUAGCAGUUCGAAGUUCCGAUGAGGAUGCAGAAUGCCAUUUCGGGCAUCUCUCACUGGUUGAAAAGGCUGUUGAUGAUGGUGCAUCGUUCAUAACUGUAAAUUCUCUUACAGAUUGGUAA